CUCCACCACAGAACUGGCAAAAUGUUUGCAGCUUUGAAGUAUCACUCAACAGACUAUUUAUAUGAGAGCAUGGCAAGGCAGAAGUUUUCCAUCUGGAAAUUAUCACUUUGCUUUCCUGCCUGUUUACAUCAAGAUGAAAAGUAUCAUUUCAAUGGACUCUUUGCUGAUGAUAAGUAUAGGAAGCCAUGGACUAGAAUUGGUUCAGCACAGAACAUGAUGGCUAUUGCAGUAUUGGAUCAAUGGCAGAAAAGUUUACCUGUGGAGGACUUCUUGGAAAAGAAACCUAUCUCCUCUGUAGAGUUUCAGACUAGUAAUGAUUUAAUAGAAGUUAUUCCAAGUUCAAAUCCUUGCUCUCAGAUUGACACAGAAGAAUCUUUUUUACUUAUGAAGAAUGAUUUUAAGGAAGACUCCACCCAAGAAAAAUAUUUCAAGAUUUACUAUGCUGCUGAAUUUAAAGAAUCACAGCAAGAUUUAUGUUUGGAAGAGGAGUUUGUUUUUAUUGAUAGUCUUGAACAUUUUUGUAAAAAAUUGCCAACUUUAUCUGUACUUCAGAGCAGACUACAGUUUUUUUUAGUGAAAGAUCCCCUUUUGGAUUCUGAAGGACAGUUUUUAACAGCAGAGAAUAUUUUCAGAGAAUGUUUGACUUUCCAAAAUGGAGUGAAGAUGGAAGAGAGUCAAAAUGAAUUGCAGGGAAUUGAAGAGAGUUUCUGUACUGUAUCUCUGAAAGAUGAAGAGUAUUUCCUGUUGCCUGUUGAUUUAGAAUUCGGCAAACCUAACAAUGGCAGAUCUGAUUGUGUUAAGAUUCCAUCACACUUGCAACUAAAGGAGGUGUUAAAUUUAGCUCCAGUCACUGUAGGUGAUGAAGACCUUUGCAAACAAGUGAUCGGAGAAGAUCUCAAAGCAGAAAUUACAAACAAAAUAGAAAUUUCAAAGUAUGGUGCCAUUCCACAAGAUGUUUGCUCCAGUAUUAGCACAAGUAUGUUGGAAUUCUGUGCAUCAGCUGAAUAUAUUCCAUAUUUGAAAGAUGAAAUGGAAGUGCCUUUAACUCCUCCAUGCAGACAGCAAAGAUCAUGGGUUAAUUUUCUGUGCAGAGGACUUCAAGAAGAACCUAUUUCACUCUCUGGUAACAGUAUUUUGAUUGCAGAGCCCUCUAGGGAAUUCUUAGAAUCUUUGAUAUGGCAAUCAGAGAAGUAUCGGGAUAAUAUGAGCUCUCUUUUGCUUGUCGAGCAUCCAGCUGUUAGCCUUGCACAUCAGCAUCAUUCACUGAGAGAACUGCAGAAAAUGCUGCCACUUGAGGUUGAAGCACCAAUGCUUGGCUCACUAGAGGAGGGCUGGUUGCUUCAUAGGGGUUUACAUCCAGCAGCUGUAGAAAUUUUGGAACAAUUCAAUAUGGAUGGAAGUAAUGCAAACAGUCUGCUUCCUACAGAAGUAGAAACAUUCACACAAUUUACAUCAUAUCAAUUAGAAAGAUGGCUUGAGGAGAAGAAUUCUGUGACAAACCAAGAGCUGCUUUCUGCUGGAAGACAUCAGUCAGAGAAAGUAGUUAAUCCUGACUUGUCACUGCAUAUUCAAAGGCAGAACUUUGCCCUGAGUGCUCUGUCACCUGCCAAAAUUCACAGGACAAGUACAUCUGCAGCAGAGCUUACUGGAGGAAGCAUAAGCAAGAUUAAGACAGAAGAGGCAAUUUGCUUCUUAAACCAAGAAAAGAAAACCCUCAAACCAUCUGAAUCAGACAGCUGUAAAGAUGUGUCUUCUAAACUAGACAAAUCAUCCUGCAGUGGAAAGUCUGCAUCACUUGCACUUGUUUCUAAAUGGGCUAACGAUGAUUCUGAUCUGAACAACUUUAUUAUGAUGAGAUCUAACUAUACAGUCAUCCCAAGAGAGGAAAAACAUUAUGUAGAUAGAUCUGAAAAAGUGAUACAGCCUGAAGAGCAGCAUAUGAGUGUUCUCAAAGAGGAUGAUUCUUUUUGUGAGACUCUAAAAACAGAGGAAAAAAACCAAGAGAAUAAAGACAGUAUCACUGUCAAUAUUCAACCAUCAGAAAGCCAAUGCCAGGCAUACUGCCUCUUGGAAGAAGCAGCUAUUCCUGUACUAAAAGAUUUGACACACCUGGAUAUACUUGCUUCUGUUACUUGGAGCUUUGACAGUGUUAAAUUUGAUCACACAAGGUUUUUCUUAAAACAACAAGAGAAAGUGAUAUGUGAUAAUUUUAAACAAGGUAAAAUAGAUGAGAAGGAGAUCAUGCUAUUCAGACAUGCUGCUCUGGUACACCUGCUGGUGACAGUUCGAGAUCUGCUGCUAACAUGUGGCUUGGAUACAGCUCUAGGUUAUUUGUCCAAGGCAAAGGAUUUCUAUAAAAACAUUUUAGAAUCCUGUUUGAAUAAUCUCUGGAGGCAGCUGAAGAUUGUACAGUACAGCAGCCAGAAAAAGCAUGAAACAAAUCCCAAAGUAACAGCACUUCAGUGUGAAAUGUUAAAUUGGAUGAAAAGUUGUGGAGAGAAACACAGUGUUAAGAUACUAAUCAUUACAAGGAUGGACUCUGAAAGAGAAAAAGCUGCCUUCAUUCACCCAUUAUCUAGGAUAGAAGGUUUGAAAACUGUGGAUUUGAAUUCUGAGAAAAAAGGAAGCCCUUUAAGUUGUAAAGAGAUCAUAAGCAAUAGGUAUUCCUGCAUUAUUGUACAUAAUCAGCAAAUUGGAGCUGACUUCCCUUGGACUCACUUCUCACUAGUAAUGGAAUACGAUUAUUCUGAAAAUUCUGGCUGGAAAAAUCUGUGCAAAAAUCUGAAUGUUACUUACAUGACUUUUCAAACCACCCUCCCUGAAAUAAUACAAAUGGGGAAUCAUGGUGGUUCCUUUCUUCUGGAAGUACAGAUUCCAUAUGUAUUCCUGACAACUGAAGGUCUUCUUAAUAUGCCAGAUAUUCUUCAGCGUUUUGAAUCCAAGUACAGCAUUACCUUUGUUGAAAGAAGCAGCAGUUACUCCUUAAGGCUCUUUGGAAGUACAGAUCGAUGUGUUGUGCUGACAAUAGAUGAGUGCACUGCUAUCUUUCUGCAGAGUGUCGAAGAACUAAAUUAUGAGGACUCCUGUGACACUGUAAUAUCAAGGCUGGUGGCAUUAUCACUCCAAUAUAUGUGCUGUUGGAUUAUUUUCUAUUCCAGAGAAAGACUGAGUUUAGAGUACAGUCUCAAGGGUAAUACUCUGCUUAACCUUGUCUUAAUUUAUGCCGCUCUAAUUGAACUUACACAGAAGUCAGAAGACUUUGAAGUAAAGGUAGUUCUUACGCCAGGGAUUGAAGAGACAGCGCUGGUAAUCCGUCAGAUUGCUGACAACGUCUUGAUAGCAUCUAAUAUCAGUCCUCAUGAGUGGCUGGACAAAUCCUGGCUUUCUGUCUUGCCAUCUGAGCCAGAGAAAUGCCUGCUUACUUUUCCAUGUAUCAAUCCUUUGGUUGCUCAGUUUAUGCUAAAGAAGGGAUCUUCACUGAACAGGUUAUUUCUUGCAAGCUUUGAUCAACUCCAGGAACUUCUGCCACAGGCUCCAAAAAAAGUUUUAAAGCAUUUCAGUGACAUAGUAUCUUCAUACAGCCUAAAUACUGCUGCUCCUCUAGAAAAAACAGUGACAGGUGCAUCACACACAGAAAACCAGAAUAACUUCAACACAUCGUAUCUUGAUAAAAAACAAAAUUGUCAGAUUUUAGAGCUACUUGAUAAGGCACAAAACAGCAGAGGAACAUCUCUUAUGAAUUCUGAAGCCCUAAUUCCUCCACUGAAUCUUCAUAAGAGUUUUUUAAAGUCUGAUCUUCCAAGUUGUAUGCAAAAGAACGCAUGCUCCUCAGAUGUAAUUACAAGGAGAAAGCUGGAUUUCUCUGCUGUAUCAAAGGACUGUGAAGAUUUUGCUCAUCUAGAAGUUAAAAAUUCUCUCCAUGUUAAAAGACAGCCUUUCAGAAUGCAUGAUAGCUCUGAUCAUACUUCCAAAGACUCUGAAAAAGAGGAUUUCUUUGCAGCUUUCAGUGACUGUGCACCUCAGGAGAGCUCUAAGAGUUUUCUAGAUGAAUUUAGAGACACAACAUUUAAAAGCCUAGAAAUUCAGACUGACCAGCCCCUGUGGAAUGAGGGGCCUUCAUCCACUGGCCCACGUAACUCAUUUGUUCAAGGUGGUUUUCUCUCUGAUUUCUUUGAUGAUAUGGAUGAGCUUCCAAAUCUGAAUUUUAGCCAAAUAGGUGAAACAUCUAAAGGAAAGAGAAAACAAAGGCCUUCAUUCUUAUGGACAAAAGAAAAAAUUAAAACAGGAUUUUCAGAAGUACAGGAGUUCAAAAAAAGGAGAUUGACAUACGAAAGAGUCCCUGGAAGAAGAGAUGGACAAACACGUCUUAAAUUCUUUUGAACAGAAUGAGGAUUUGCAUAUUACAUACUUUUUUCUUUUUUCAUUCUUGAACUCUUUAAAGGGAAAUAAAUGAAUUAUUGUUGUUAGUUUUUAGAAAGUAAUUAGGAUUUGGAAAUUCUUACUAGCUCAGGAUUCUUCUGUAUGUUGUUAAAAUGUUGCUAAACAAACUAGUUUCUUGAAGCUGGAUAAUUACGGCUUCUCUGUUAUCAUGGGUGAUAUACAGCUACUUUAUCACUCUUUAUGUUAAAAAAAAAGGAAAAAGAAACAGAUGCUGAGGUUCACUCUGGGUUUUCGAGGCACCUGUGUUUGCUCCCUGAGUCUGCUGCUUUUCCAAUGUAAAGAUGGGCUAGAUCUGCCAGAAUCUCAAGGCAUCUCAAGGCUUCUCAUUCUUAGAGAUUUCUUGCAGUUACAGCUGUGACUUUUUGUAGCUGUCCCCUGGGCUCUGUUCCACUUCUCUUCUUCUGACAGCUUCUUCAGGAACAGUAAGUUCCUGAGCUCCUUUUAAUCAUAAUCAGUCUAUGAAAAAGCUCUUUGUUUUAUGGACAACAUGUUAAGAUUGUGUUGAAAUUUAGCAUUCUCAUAGAUUUGAUUCAGGGAACUAAGCAGUGACCCUCACCCUUUGCAUAACCUGCUGGAGGCCAUUUGUUGGCAUCUGUGUUUUUCAGCCUUCUGCAGGGCAUUGGCAAGUAGGGGGAUGAAAGUUAUCUGGGAGGCAGAUCCACAUAUAGGGUACAACUAGAAAGGGGUGAAAGAUUGAAUUAAAAAAAAAAAAAAAUCUAUCUCAGUUGUAAUUAAAAAACGGUACAGCAUAGUACCCAAACCUUCACUUUCCGUCAAAAGAUUUGGCAACAAAACUGCAAGUAUGUGUGGAAGCAAUGGUAGACAGUAACUCCAUUUUGCCACAGGAACGCAUAAAUGGUUUGCACUGGCAUGCCAGCCAGCUCCAGAAUGUCUCUCUGUUCAGUGGCCUUCAGCUGAGGUUAUUCAGGUUUCAAACUCACUAAUUGUCUUAAGUUUGAUGUAGUAACAGAAAUAUGGGGGGUGGGGGGGAAGUAGUAAAAAAACCCCACCAAGUUUAAGGUUUAUGCUUGCACUUAAAUACUUACUUGACAUAAAGCCUUCAUUAAGCACGUAUUCACUAUCUGAGUAAAUGAAACCAGCACUUAGGGAAGAAAGGUUUGGUCUCUCAGAGAAAACAAGAGUGCAAUUUUUUGACUGAAUUCUAAAAAGCUGUAACUGCACUAAUGGCAAUUUUAGUUCACAGUAAUAUUCCUGAAUUAUUUGUACACUGUUAGCAGGUUUUAAGAAAAUACCUUUCACAAGUGGCAAUAUAAAAAGAUUUCUAGUAAAAUUACAACAAGCCACUGUUCCCUAGAAUAAGAGAAAGACUGAAAUAAAAGUUGCAAUUUGCUUACUAUCCAUGGCCCAUUUUUGUGGUCACCUGACCUAACCAUUUUACUUCUUUUGCAUCAUGGGUUAUGUUGUUCAGAAGUACCUCCCAAAAAAACAGGAAUCUGAGUUUUUUGGUUUUUUUUUUUUUUUUUUUUUUUUUUUGAAAAAAAGAAAAAAGCUCUACAAAGAGG